UCUAAAAAAACACAAGAAAAAGAAAAGUUGCUUUAGCUGUUGUCGUUUGAAUCAAGAUCCAGAAAUAUGGCCGAGGCGGUUGUUUCAUUUGUGCUAGAACUGCUCAAAGACUGUGUCAUUCCGGAAUUGAAAUUCUUGGGUGGAGUGAGCGAUCAGGUGAAGCUUGCACAAACCCAGCUACAAUUGAUGCAAUGCUUCCUCAAAGAUGCAGAUUCAAGACAAGGAGAAAGUGAAGCAAUACGCAUUUGGGUGGCAAAUAUUAGAGAUGUUGCUUAUGAUCUGGACGACGCCAUCGAAACGUUUGUCUUAAAAGUGGCUUCCAAGAGGAAUGCAAGUCUUUUGAAAAGGUUUACUGGCAUCUUCAUAAAAAGAGUUCAUCUUCAUCAGAUUGGCUCAGACAUUGUGAAAAUUACAACCAGAAUUUCACAGUUGAAUUCGAGUUUGCAAAGUUAUAACCUACACCAAACAAGGGAGAGUAGAGGUGAUACUUUUUUUCAGAGGCAAAAGGAACGGAGGAUAGCUUAUCCUCAUAUUAUCGAACCUCAUGUGGUUGGGUUAACUGGUGGAACAGAGAUAUUGGCUACGCAUCUGAUAAAAAAAAAUGGCCCCCGAGUUGUUUCUAUUUGGGGGAUGGGCGGGUUGGGUAAAACCACUCUUGCAAAACAAGUUUAUCAUCAUGGUAAAGUGAAGUGUCAUUUCGAUUGUUUUGCCUGGGUGUGUAUCUCUCAACAAUGCCAAGGACGGGAAGUUUUGGAAGAAAUUCUGACUAAACUCAUUUCUCCUACCAAUGAGCAAAGAGAAGAAAUUGCAAAACUGAAGAAGGAUCAAAUAGCAGAGAGGCUUUGGAUUACGCAAAGAGAAAGAAAAUGUUUGGUGGUGCUUGAUGACAUUUGGAGCCGUGAUGCGUGGAGGUCGUUGGAAGCUGGAUUUCCAAUGAAUGAGGAAACUGAGAGUCGAAUUUUACUCACUACUCGCAACAAAGAAGUCGCUUCGUAUGCGGACAAAAAUGGUUUCCUCUUCGAACCACAACCGUUGAAUGAUGAUGAAAGUUGGGAACUGUUCAAGAAGAUAGCAAUGUUUGGAACGGAAGAUAUUGACCAAGAAAUUUAUGAACAGAAAAAAGAGCUAGGAACGGAGAUGCUUCAACAUUGCAAAGGUUUGCCACUAGCCAUCACGGUGCUUGCAGGACUUCUAGCUAGAAAGGAAACAAUUGAUGAGUGGGAUAUGGUGCAUAAGAAUGUUUAUGAAUAUAUAAGGAGAGGCAGAGACCUUGGGUCCGAUUACAAAGAUGAAGGAUAUGAAGGUGUAUCAUGGUUAUUGGAAUUGAGUUACGAUAACUUACCUUAUUACUUAAAACUAUGUUUCCUCUACUUAGCCCAUUUUCCGGAAGAUUGUGAAAUACCGGUGAGUACAUUGACUAAACUAUGGAUGGCAGAAGGUUUUAUAUCAUCAGCAGCAGUGGAAGUAAUGGAAGAUGUAUCAUAUAUGUGCUUAAGUGAGUUAGUGGGCAGGUGUAUGGUUCAAGUUGGAAAACAUGGUUCGAGUAAGAAAAUCAAGACUUGUCAUCUCCAUGAUCUUAUGCGAGACUUAUGCAUUUUAAAGGCAAAAGAGGGAAACUUUCUCCACAUUAUCAAUUAUUCUGCAUCUGUGGAGAUCAAGCAAACACCAAACGGUAGAGUUCGAAGACUUGUCAUCCAUUUGAACGAACCGUUUGAGGCAUAUUGUCUGGGGAGAGAUGAAAAUUAUGGAUAUGUUAGGUCUUUGUUAUAUUUUGUCCCAAUAGACCCCUACUACUACUGCUACUGGAACUCAAAGGCAUUACGGUCACUAUUAAGGGACUUCACAUUGCUUAGAGUUUUAAAGCUUGAAAAUACGAGUACUGGAGAAAAGCUACCUGGUGAAAUUGGGAAUCUAGUGCACUUAAGGUUUUUAAGUGUAAGGGAUAGUGCAAUCCAAGCGGUGCCAUCAUCUAUAGCAAAUUUGGUAUGUUUGCAGACUCUGGAUUUACGUAUUCGUGUUGGGUAUGUUAAAAUUCCAAAUCCAAACGUGUUUUGCAAGAUGGAAAAAUUGAGACAUAUAUAUUUACCCAAAUAUCAGGGGCCUAGAGAGAAACAUCUGUUAUUUGCUACUGAGGCAGUGAAUUUGAAUACGGUAGUCAAUAUUGGUAUUCAGGCAUCAUCUGAUCUAGAUGAUUUUGUUAAACUAACCAACCUUAGAAAAUUGGGAGUUAUGAUAUUUGACGGAGGGGAAAAAAAGGAGAAAGGGACAAACAUCAUAUUUAAGCAUCUCCACUCUCUAUCGGUGGACUCUAUUUUUGUGGCUGUACCAUGGAACAUCAUAUUAAGCUCUCCAAAUAUAUACAAGCUGCGACUACGCGGAAAAAUCAGAGAGUUACCAGAAGACCUCCUGUGCCUUAGGAACCUCACAAAGCUUACACUGAGUGGAUUUGGUAAUCUCAAGGACGACCACAUAAAAGUAUUAGAGAAGCUGCCAAGCUUGAGAAUGCUUUUUGCUAGUGUCGGGAUUUUUCAGGCAUCUCUUGUUUGCUCAGAGGGAGGCUUUCCAUUUCUUGAAUUUCUUUCUCUUUAUUCGUUGUUGGAGUUCAAAGAAUGGAAGGUGGAGAAAGGAGCCAUGCCUAGUCUCUGCAGAUUGCACAUUGAGUAUUGCCCAGAUUUGGAGGCAGUUCCUGAUGGGCUCCAAUAUAUUACUACCCUCAAGGAACUAACCAUCAAAAGGAUGCUUUCUGAAUUCUGUAGCCGGCUUGGGGAAGGAGGAGAGGAUUUUUACAAAAUCCAACAUGUGCAGUCUGUUAUUAUAACAAAUAUUUCACCAAACCGUCCGGGAUAAAUGUUUCCCAGACUCCUCUUGCAAAGCAAAGCCAAGCCCCUGAACGUUAACCAUUCGAAUAUCUUUUGGCCAAUUCUUUGGCUCUUUACAUUUUUUCAUUUUAUUCCUGGUUUUUUUUUUUGGGGUUGGAAUUAUAAUGUUGCAUGUGAUUCUCUUUCGUUUGUAUCUGGGACUCACUUCUCUUCUUGGGUUUUAAAUAAAAUUUUAUUAUAUUUCAAGUUCAAUGUGCAGAGACUAAAACUAGAAAACAUAUCAUAUAAAUUAUAAGGGGGUUGAAGUCGGAUCAUAGAAGAAAUGGCCGCCAUGAGCACUACGUGUCUGCAAGUCCAGGGUAUUGAUUAACACUAAAAUAAAAAUAAAAUUUGAUCUCAUUAAAGAUGGGCAAGGGGAAAAUGACUGGGCACAAAUAGUGAGUUUUUACUACAAUAUAAUUUUGAUGACGUGGACUAAUUAAACUUUAUUAAAUUAAUCAAAUGAUUAAAAUUGCUCUAAAUACGUAUACAUGCGUAAAUAUUAAAUGUAGAGGCUCAAAAUCCUUAUUUAUUAUACACUUACGAUUAUGCAUAUACAAAGGCGAUCACGAUUCGAACAAACCAUCAAAGGCUCGUUGAUACCACUUAAGACUUUCAAGUUUUGUUUUUAAUUAAUUCUAGACAAGAAACAUUAAUAAAACUUCGUAUCAAAACUAAGAACAAUUUACAUUAAUCUUUUCUUUUUUUCUUUUUUUCUUUUGCAUUCAUUCUCCCUUACUUCACCUCUAUCUCUCAUCUUUCUCAAAAUAAAAGUUAAAUAAAACCCUUCCAUCUUUUAACAAGAAAAUGAAAACUAAAAACAAAGAAACCAAAGUAUUA